CAAUUUUUGCUUUAAUGUUAGUAAAAAAACAAAUAAAAUAACACACAAAUAAUUAAGUUGUUACAAACUAUCGCGCCAUCUUUUGGCAGAAUGUAAAGUAUAAAUGCGCUUCAAUUGUCAUAAAUUUCAAAAAAAAAAUAAUAAUUUGUAUGUAUUGGUGACGCAAAAGUCUGUUAGAUGUUCAUAUGUUGUACGCUUCUCGGAGAUGGAAGCGAAGUUUUUUCUAUAGCAUUUUUACCUAACUCUGAGCAGGGAUCGACUUCGAGUCAAGGCAUAAAUAAACCCGUCUUUGAAUAUUGAUACAUGUGCGCGUAGAGCUGAGUAUGUAGUUUCUGUACAGCGCCCCUCAUACACUCCUAUUAACAUUGCCUAUUAACGAUCGUUCCCAACGUGCUAUGUAACAUCGCUUAGCUUGCUGGCGAUUGGGGAGGUUGCCCAAUCUGUCCCGUUUCGAAGCGAACUGUCUUUGCAGGGAUCCAUGGCCACGGAAGCCGUGACUGUGGCCGAAGAGGCUCGGCCUAAUGUUGACCUCGAGCUGGAGCAGCGUGUCAAAGGCACCUGCGGCCGCAUCUCGGAGAACGUGCACAUCUUCGCGAACGAGCCGUCACUGGCGUGCUAUCGGCUGCAAGAGCAUGUCCGCAAGUCGCUGCAGCCGACCGUGGAGAGGCGUCUGCAGAUGACCGAACUGCGGCAAGAGUUGCGCGGCAAGUGCUACGACUUGGACUACGCCAUCGCGGCAUUGCGUGGCUUCCAGCAGAGCCGCCAACACCUGGCCAAUGUGCAGGACCUGCUGCGCAACGCGGUCUUCAUGAAGCAGCAGCUGGCGCACCGCGAAGCACGCGCUGCUGCCACCAGUGCAGCGCAGUCGACCGGUCGCCGGCAGCAGUUGCUGCAUCAGCAGCGGCUGUCUUUAGAUCUACCCCAAAAGGCUGCCCGUCUGAGCAGCUCGCCAUCACUGGGGGCGGCUGACAUGCGGCUGGGGUCGCAGCGAUCAGCGUCCCCGAGACGGCCUAGCGAUCAGCGUUAAAUGGUUAAUAGCCUGCGGAGGAUGCAAGCGUUACGCAUUAGACAAAUUCAGCCAUUGGAGUGCAGUAGUUUCAGCAUAGUGUAAACGCAGCUGGGAAAAAACAAUAACAAAUCAAACUAUGACGUAGACGAGAGCAGCAACGCAGAUGGCGACAUCUAGUGACGAGGCUUAAGCUGAAAUGUGUUAGGAACAUUUUUGGGCCAAUGUGCUUCAGUGUCCAGAAAAAAAAAACAACUGAAAACCACAGCUUCUCAAUUAUUUUACUUCCGACAGGUUUACACCAGCUUAUAAGUAGAAGAUAGUUGCUAAUUGCACUACGCUAAACAGUGCCUUCAUUGGUUGAAUGUAGCACCACAGGAUGUCGCCAGUCCAUCGUGUCUUUCAUCAUUGACACUUCUGUGCCAACGUGCAUGUUUACACUUUGCUGGAACGCUCCGUAGACAGUGCCUUUUUUUGUGUGGUGACACCGAUAUCACUUGGCUGUGCUUGUGGAAAGCGGGCAGGAUGGUGCAGUUGGUUGCCUGCUGCACUAAGCAGUAUUGCAGAACAGGAACCAAGACUACAAAUGAUCGUUACCACUAUGACAGCCUGUGACCUGUGGAUGGAACUAUACCCACUGCUACCCAUUGAUGUUGUAAACCAGUCAAAAUGUGGACAAAUAGUGAAGUGGGUGGUUGAAGUUUUAUCCAAGAACUGGCAGUAAAUGUGACACAACAUAAACAUGAAAAGAAUAAAAGGCAUAUGACCUGGUUGUUCCUUUGA